CAUCAUUGAUGAGCACGGAUCGUGAUAAUGCUAGUAGCAUAGUCGCUCCAAACCACUACGGUUUUUCGACGCGGCCCUGCAAGUCAUUCACGCUCUCUCUUACUUGUUAAAUGAAAUGGUAAAAUUGCCCGAUGUUGUUUUAUGGUUUCGCGAUGCUACUUCGGACAGGCGACUGGAAACCCUAUGCCGCCUCCUAGACUGUUGUAUGCCACUGGAGUUGCAAUUUCUAAACAAGUACUUGGACGAAUUGCUUCGGCGAAAUCUCAUCGUUGAUGCACCGUGCUCGGAGACGAACAUGUUGGAGUUACGUGAGAUCACAGAGUCGGCGUCUCGCCGUCAGCUUUGCCUACUACUGACGCGUUUGACGUCCGCGAACGUUCUAGCCAGUUGUAUUUAUGACAUUUUGAUGCAGUAUGAUUUUGAAGACUUCUUCUCCCGUGUCAUGAUAAUGGAGGAAGAACUGGUCGACGAAAUUCUACUUUUGUUCACCCUGGCCGCGAACCAUCCCGCCAUGAACUUCACCCAGCGUCGCAAUCUGCAUCAAAGACUCGUCGACCUUCGGGAAACCAUUGAGAAAUCUUUCAAGUGUUACCAUGCUACCGAUAUUUGUCAGCCCUAUAAUGGGGUAUCUGCUUUCGAGCCAUUUGAAAAGUCGAGCCCCGUUAAAGUACCAGAUGAGAAACAACAAUUUUUUGGAAGAGAAAAAAGUGGCAACGAAAGUUUACAACGCGCUGAAGAAAAAGAAGAUGUCCCCAACACCAAAUGCUCCAUUGAAGCUCACAUCAAAGACCUUCGUGUCGUAAGAACUCAACAAAGAAACCUUGAUAAAAAAUAUGAAUACAUUUUUGAGGUCUUGUGGUCCAACGGAAAAACGGCAAGGAUUCAUCGCCCAUACGGAGAAUUAUUUGACUUUCAAUGCAAGCUUCGCCGUCGAUUCGCAAAAGAUGACAACAAAAUGACUGAAAAAAAAGUGAUUCCCUAUCUUCCAGCUCGAAAACCAAUAAAACUUUGCAAAGGAAAUAAUGUUCUUCCAGAUAUAACAUACUACGUGAAAGAAUUCGCAAAACUUCCAGAAAAGCUUCUGCAUAGUGAAUCCGUUGAAAAGUUUUUCAGCGAUGGGGGUGAAAACAAUUUCAGAGAAAAACAAGUGGCGUCAAAAAAUGAUCAAAACACUUCAAACCUUGAUAAGAAAGGUAAUACAAACACGAUAUCUCAGCGCACCAACGUUGUACGUUUGAACGAAAAGGCGAACAACGAGAAACAAGCUAUUUCAACGAAGAGCAUUUCUUCUAAAGAGAAACGUUCAACGUCAACGUCCAACAAGAAAUCAAUUGAUCCAUCCAAACGGGGUCUCCUUAAUCAGAAUAACAUUACCAACGCAUCUGCAUUGCCUUUAACGGAUGAAGGUAAAGAAAGUUUCAGUGAUGAUCAACAAAAGAUUAUUCUAAAGAACUCAUCCUUCCCACUUCACGACAAGAAUGGCGAGGAAACAAGAGAAAAGUUCACGUUUAUGACUAAGAAAGAUUUUUCUUCCCCGAAAAAAACUAAAGACGAAAAGUUAAAUGAGAAAAAGGACUCGCGUGUUGAAAACUCCACUUUAUAUGAACGUACACAAAUGACUGAUGACCAAAUGGCGUUUAGAUCAUCACAAACAACUUCGAACUGCGAAACACGAAAUCUAGUCACAAAUAACUCUCAACUGAAUUCUAUUUCGCCAUCAACAACAUCAUCAUGUACGUUAUUGCUUACGUCAUCAUUAUUGACAAAGUUGAUAUCAUCGACUUCGGAGGGAUUGGCACACACCUCAUCUUUACAGAGUUGUCAAACUGUUUCAUCCACGAGCACUUCAUUAACUUCAACUACCACAAAUCAUAUUGGGUCUGAACGUACAGAUUUUGUUGAUUUGAGGUCAACAUCGACAUCUUCAGGAACUUUAUUAGGAACGACGGCUAACUCUAGUAGCUCUUCAAUAAUAAAAACGUCAUCUGAUGCUUUAGCAUAUGCGUCAUCGACAUCUUUCAUUCAAUUUCCCUACAUUGCGUCAUCUCAAAUAAAAAUUCUUACGUCGUCUUCCUCCACUAAAUCAAGAGAUUCAUCAUUUUUAUUAACUCCUUCAAAAUCCUGCAAAAUUCAACAUUCUUCUACUCCUGAAUCAAAUAUUUUAUCGGACGUUACUUGCUCAAUCGCUUCACAGUUUACUGAUAAGAUUUUGCCAACCAAACAAAAUGGAAUGGCGUCAUAUUUACAAAAUUCUCAUUUUACGUCACAUGAAUGGAAUACAAAUGCAUUUUCUCUUUACAAAUGCACCGAACCAUCUGCACCAAAUGAAAAGAUCCCAACGUCUACUUGUAAUGUUACGUCCUCUGUUUCCAAUAGUAUUAUGUCAAAUGUGGCAAAUGUCAUAACGUCAUGUAAGAAGCCGAUAAUGUCUUCAUCACUGGACUGCUCUUCUGUUCCAUAUUCACACCAAAUGCCCCUCACUGUAGCUGUGCCAUCGAGUUUCUCAUCCUGUAGCAUGUGCUUUGGCUCCAGUCACUCGUUUAGCGAUUGCUCGUCAUUAACGUCAUCGUUGUCAAGGACACCAGAGUUAAGUCCACCAGUGAGGACACCGGACAAUGUCAGAAACUAUGGCUAUGUUGGUGAAUUCGUCAGGCAAAUAUCUAAUGCACAUCGUUUAUCACUGCAAGAAAGUCAAAAUUUCACACAGGAUUAUCAAGAUUGCCGUAUCGAAGACGGAAGUACUUGCUCCGAAGUUAUUGGUGGACAUCCAUCAACAAAAAUAAGCUACAAAAAUGGCUUUGGAAAAAAUGGCGUCACAAAUUAUGAUUAUUCAAAAUUUGCUCGGCAAGGUCUUCUUAUAAUUCCCAAUGGCUUCAAACACAAACCUACAGAGCAAUUACCUCAUUUGGAAAAAGCAAAACAGAAUGAGAACAAUGACGAAGUUGUUUACUAUUUAAAUGGGUGCUCUUCAAAUGGUGCAAAAAUUGGCGACAAAAAUUGCAAUUACAUUUAUCAAAAUGGCGAAGGGCGAAACACCGUAGAUUGUGAUUUAAACGAUUUAAAAGAGAACCAAUCCAAUUUAAAGCAUUAUCUGAAUCGAAAUUCAAACGGAGUUUCAAAAGCAUUUUGUUACAAUUGUGGAGCAUUUGGCCAUCGUGGGAGCGAAUGUUCCGAAUUAGAAGUCAAACAAUCAAUCUCUUCAAUAAAUGGACAAUAAAAUUUAUAAGUGCGAACAUGAAAUAUUCGUAGCUUUCAUGCUGCUGGCAAGUCGGUUGGCUGGAGACCUUGACUGAAAUAAGAUCGACUACUAUAUUGAGAGAGUUGACUGCUGAUAACAAAUACUUUCCAUCCGGAAGAAUUAUGAUAUAUUCCUCAUACAAAUCUUCGUAGAAGAAAUAUUUGAUAAAGAUAAAUUGUAUACUUGCUUUUAAAAUUUUUAUUUUCACUUUGCUUCGAAUCUUUCUUCUACGAAGUGCACGCCCUGCUUUUUUUAACUCAAUCAGAAUUUUCAUCUUUUAUAACUUUUAAGUUGUAAGCUUAUUGUGAUAUGUCACAGGAUUCUCAAAAUAACAAAAGCAACAAGAAUCUUCCUGAUUUUGCCUGAUUAUAGGUUUACAAAUUCAUAGAAAUUCGGUUUGUUUCUACGUGAUGUUUUAACUAAACGACCUCAAUUUAUGCAUAAUUGUCAAUUCUAGAAGAACUCUUUUUCAGAAAAUAGUCUGCGAAAGAUGAACCUCUAUAAUUUGUGGCUUGGAAAUGAAUUUUAAAUUAAUUUAUUUAUGUAUAUAGUUGAGUCCUGCUUUGUGACAAUUUUAAUGAGAAGAAUGUUCAAAAUAAACAUGCCUUACAGAAAAUUUCAAAGUGAGUACAGACGCAAUGAGAACUUUCUAGCAUAAUUUAUGUACCAUACAAGUAACGUAAAUUUGAAAUAAAUUGUUUUAACUGCUA